GAGAAGAAGGUGGUGAUGAACUGCGAGGCUCAAGGGAAUCCCCCUCCCACAUACAGAUGGCUAAUCAAUGGAAGAGAGGUGGACAUCAGUGCGGAUUUCCGGUACACCCAGGUGGACGGCACGCUGAUUAUCACUGCCCCUAACGAGGAGAGUGAUCUGGGGACAUAUCAGUGCAGGGCGGACAACAGCCUCGGGUCUGUCAUCAGCCAGGAAGCCCUCCUACAGUUUGCCUAUCUGGGAAACUUCAGUGAAAGGACAAGAGGAGGCAUGUCUGUGCGUGAAGGCCAGGGUGUGGUACUUAUGUGCACCCCUCCUCCCCAUUCGCCAGAAAUCACAUACAUCUGGGUGUUCAACGAGUUGCCCUCCUUCGUGGCUGAAGAUAGCAGACGUUUCAUCUCCCAGGAGACAGGGAAUCUGUACAUCUCCAAGGUGCAGCCAUCAGAUGUGGGCAGCUACAUCUGCCUGGUGAAAAACACGGCGACUAAUGCCCGGGUCCUGAGCUUGCCCACGCCACUGACACUGAAGACAGACGGUAUAAUGGGAGAAUACGAGCCCAAAAUUGAGGUGCAUUUUCCAGUGACAGUAACUGCUACCAAGGGAGUGACAGUGAGACUGGAGUGCUUUGCUCUGGGGAACCCGGUCCCCACCAUCACCUGGAGGAAAAUGAAUGGAAACAUCCCAAAAAAGGCAAGGCUCCGGAAGUCCCAAGCUGUUCUGGAGAUUCCCAACAUCCAGCUGGAGGACUCUGGCACCUACGAGUGCAAAGCCGAGAACCCACGUGGAGGAAACACCUUCCGAGGACAACUGCAGGUCUACACCUACCCCCAGUGGAUCAAAAUGUUAAACAACACGGAGCUGGACAGCGGGGAGCAGCUGCAGUGGGAAUGUAAGGCCACAGGCAAGCCCAGACCCACAUAUCGUUGGCUGCGCAACGGCGCCCCCCUCCUGUCGCAGAGCAGAGUGGAGAUGGUGAGUGGAGAGCUGUUGAUCCAUGGUGUUCGGCAGGCUGACUCUGGCAUGUACCAGUGCGUAGCUGAGAAUAAAUAUGGGGCCAUCUACAACAGUGCAGAACUGAAGAUUUCUGCGUCAGCUCCCAGCUUCCAGUCCAACCAGGUCAGGCUCAUCGCUACAGUGGGGAGGGACGUGUUGCUUGACUGCAAGCCCCGGGCGUCACCCAGAGCAACUAUCACUUGGAGGAAAGGGGACAGGAGACUACAGACCAAAAAAAGGAUCAUGGUGCUCCGGAACAACACCCUCAGAAUUGUGGACUCCAGCCGAGCAGACGAGGGGACCUACACAUGCCGGGCCGAGAACCCAUUCGGCACUGCCGAAAGGGCCAUCAUGCUGUCAAUUAAAGAGCCCUUACGGGUGGAGUUGUCCUCAUCGCGGGUGGAGGUGUCAGUGGGCGAGAGUGUGGUACUCAGCUGCAAGGCAUCCCACGAUCCCUCACUUGACGUGUCCUUCCUCUGGCUUCGCAACCACCAUCCACUCAACUUCCAGCAGGAAGGGGGCCACUUUGAGUACAUCAGAAUGCAGUCUUCCACUGCAGACCUGAUGAUCAGGAGCAUCCUCCUGAGGCAUGCUGGGAAGUACAGCUGCCAGGCCCAGACCAGCGCGGACACAGUAUAUGCCAAGGCGGAGCUGCAGGUCCGAGGUCCACCUGGGCCCCCUGGAGUUGUCAUUGUGGAGGAGAUUGCGGAUGUCACAGCAACACUGUCUUGGAGCCAUGGAGUUGACAACCACAGCCCCAUCAGUGCCUACAACCUGCAGGCUAGGAGCCCCUUCUCCCUGGGCUGGCAGACUGUCAGGACAGAACCUGAGCAUGUAACGGGGGAUAUGGAGUCAGCCAUGGCCGUGCAACUGAAUCCUUGGGUGGAGUACGAAUUCCGGGUGGUGGCCAGCAAUGCCAUUGGGACCGGGGACCCCAGUGCCCCCUCCAGGGUUGUCAGGACUAAAGAAGCAGUUCCAUCCGUGGCUCCGGCAAACGUGAGUGGAGGCAGUGGCCGCAAGCAUGAGUUGGUGAUCUCAUGGGAGCCAGUGUCGGAGGAGUUUCAGAAUGCGGAGGGCUUUGGUUACAUUGUGGCCUUCCGGGCAAAUGGAACGCGAGGGUGGAAGGAGAAGAUGGUGACAUCAGCAGACUCCACCACUUUCAAGUACCGUGACGAGACAUUCCCGCCCCUCACCCCCUUCAAGGUGAAGGUGGGCGUUUACAACAACAAGGGGGACGGGCCCUUCAGCAAGGUGGUCACAGUGUACUCCGCAGAAGGAGAGCCCAGAGAGCCCCCCUCCGAGGUGAAAGUUGCCAGCUUGUCCUCCUCUGAAAUCCAGGUAGCCUGGAAACCACCAAACCCAGGUCCUGGCAGACCUUUGGGAUAUGAGGUGAACUACUGGAAGGACUUGGAGCUGGAGCAGUCCGGAGAGAAGACAAAAACUCCUGGGAAUGAGACAUCCAUCUUGCUGAGUGGGCUGGAGGGGAACACCCUGUAUCACAUCACUGUGAAGGGCUACAACAUCAUUGGACAGGGACCCCCCAGCAGUGCCAUUAGAGCUAAGACCAAGAAAUCCCCUCCAAGCCAGCCUCCCAGUAAUCUCAUGUGGAUGCUGGAGGGGAACAAUGUGUCUCUAGGGUGGGAGCCAGUCAAGUCACUGGACAACGAGUCUCAUGUCAUGGGUUACAAGGUGUUACUGCGUCAGGAAGGGUGGAGCCACAGCCAGGUGAUGGAGACCCACAACCCAUCGGCCAUGCUAUCACUGACGGAGGGAGGGGCCUACAUCAUUGAGGUGCGGGCAGUAAGCGAGGGCGGAGUAGGCACUGCCAGCGCUCAGAUCCGUGUGCUCACCUCGUCAGGUGUACGGAUGAAGAGCAGCUACCGGUCAGUGCACAGUACAAUGUGCAGCUCACUAUGGACUGUGCUCCUCCUGACCACACUGGUGCCUUUAGCUCCUUGCUGAAACCAGAGCCCGCCCACCUCAUCCCGCCUGGCCCUGUCCUGCCGUGCUGGAGCCAGAC